AUGGCACAGAAGCCUCUUUACAAUGCCAUCGAAGACUACGGUCUGAUUGGCGACAUGCACACAUGUGCUCUGGUGAGCAAAGCUGGUAGCUUGGACUAUAUGUGCUGGCCAGUCUUUGACUCUCCGACAGUCUUUUGCCGCCUCUUGGAUGCCAAGAAAGGUGGUUACUGGUCUGUCAAUCCAGCCGAGUCAGUGGUCGACGCGCACAAUAAGCAGCGGUACCUGCCAUACUCAAACCUGCUUGAAACUCGCUGGACAAAUGAGGACGGGGUAGUCACUCUCCUGGAUUAUUUCCCCGUGGCUCCUAAGAAAGCCACUCAGUCAACUCGACUUCUCUCGGGCUAUUGCCCCUGUAAGGAGGCGGGGGCGAAUCGAUUCAAGUCCGGGCUUCAGCAUUCGGGUCUGAUUAGAAAGAUCGAGUGUAGUCGAGGCUCUAUGGAACUCGAGGUGAAAUUGUUCCCAGCGUUCAAUUAUGCACGAGACACUCACCAAGCUCGUGCCAAACUCGACAAUGACCUGGACGCUCAUCGACUACAAACGGUUCACUUCGAGAGUGCAUCAGAGCGACUGGAGUUGGAGAUCUUUGCUAGCUCACGAGAGCCUGACAAGAUGGGCAUGCCAAAGGCCUCUUUCACUCUCGAAGAACAUUCAGGCUCAAUGGGACGUGGACUUGUGGCAAUCAUUCGUCUAUCCGAGGGACAAGCCAUGCAAUUUGUGCUGCAUAGUCCGGAAAAGGCCGUGCCGGGACCCGCCAUGAUAGGCGCCUAUUUGGAAAAGAUGGAGGAAGAGACGUCCGACUUUUGGACGGAUUGGACCCGUCAAUGCACAUUUCGCGGCCACUACCGAGAGACCGUUGAGCGGAGUUUGUUGAUUUUGAAGCUCCUCACCUACAAACCCACUGGUGCAAUCAUUGCGGCGCCGACAUUUUCUCUUCCCGAGAGUGUGGGUGGGUCACGUAAUUGGGACUACAGGUACUCGUGGGUUCGCGAUACGGCCUUCACACUAUACGUGUUCCUCAAGAUGGGCUAUAGUCGUGAGGCAGAAGACUACGUUAACUUCAUCUUCGAGCGGAUUUUCCCGCAUGCCGCGCAAGAGAUAGAACCGCGGAGUAAGCAGCCUUUCCUGCCGCUCAUGUUUACCAUACGGGGCGAGUGCGACAUCCCUGAGGUUGAGCUUGACCACCUUGACGGGUACAGAGGCAGCAAACCCGUGCGCAUUGGUAACGCAGCCGUCUUUCAUACUCAGCUUGACAUCUACGGAGAGCUAUUGGACAGCAUUUAUCUCUACAACAAGCACGGAAACCCAAUCUCUUAUGACCAAUGGGCCGCAAUCCGACGAAUGGUGAACUAUGUGAUCGGCGUACGACAUCAGAAAGAUAUGUCUAUUUGGGAGUCACGAGGUCAGAUUCAAAACUUCAUCUACUCCAAGGUCAUGAUGUGGGUCGCUCUCGAUCGGGGCGUGCGUCUUGCAGAGAAACGAGCCAGUCUUCCUUGCCCAGACCGUCUUCACUGGAUUCAGGUGCGAGAUGACCUGUACGACGAGAUCAUGGAAAGGGGCUACAACAAAGAACGUGGUCACUUUUGUCAAAGCUACGAGACUCGGGAGGUCUUGGAUGCGUCGAUUCUCAUUGCACCACUCGUUUUCUUCGUCGCACCCAACGACCCUCGUUUCAUCAAUAGUCUCAAAUGCAUUCUGCGCGGUUCAGACAAAGAAGGUCUCUCGAGCGCGAAGCUUGUUUUCCGAUACGACCACUUGAAAGCCAACGACGGCGUCGGCGGCGCUGAGGGUGCCUUUAUCAUGGUCACAUUCUGGCUUGUCGAAGCGAUGGCACGCGCUGCUAAAUUCGAUGUACCGAUCCCAAACCUGUGGAAGCUUGCGCUCUCGCAUUUUGAUAAUAUCCUGUCUUACUCAAACCAUCUGGGCAUGUUUUCGGAAGAAGUUGCUAUCUCAGGCGAACAAAUGGGCAACACUCCGCAGGCGUUCAGCCAUCUCGCAUGUGUCAGCGCGGCCAUGAAUUUGGAGAGACUCGGUCGAGAGGAGUGA